AUGGCGCUGCGGACAGUGUGGAGGACUGUUAUCCGUUCAGGGACAGAAUUGGGGUCGAAUAAUGUAAGGGGGAUUCGAACCACAGCUGUUCUGUGUCAUCGGGCUGCCCCUUUGGGUCCUAUGCCAAAUGAGGACAUAGACUGGAAAAACUUGGAAACCCUUGAAAAAUACCGCAGCUAUACACGUUACCUAAAGACUGCUGAAGAAGCUAACAGCAAUCCCGUGUGGUGGAGGACGUACGGGCAAUACAUUGAACAAGAAAAAGGGGACAAUGCACAUGAGCGAGUGAAUAUUGGUCUUCCACAUUGCCGGCCAUCCCGAACUAAAGAAGCAAGAGACCGAAAGAAGCAGGUGAAAGAGAACAGAUGUAAUCCAGAAUUGGAGAGAGCAGCCCGAUUGCGUAACUUUCGAAUCCCCCUGGAGCGAGUGAGGGCAGAAUGGGAGGUGACGAGUGGACCUUAUCAUAUCCAGAGACUGGCGGAACACUACGGCGUUUACCGGGACCUCUUUCCUAUGGCUUAUUUUGUGCCUCGGAUUAUGCUUCGUGUCACAUACGGCGAUGACAACAGCGCUGCUGUGCAUUUUGGCAACCAUUUAACACCUAGUAAGGCUGCAGCCUUGCCGCAGGUGAGCUUUACAGCAGAAGACGACUCUCUGUGGACACUCCUGCUCACCAGUCCAGAUGAACAUUUAGAAGAUGGGGAACAGGAGUAUGUACACUGGCUAGUAGGGAAUAUCCCUGGCAGUGCUGUCCAAUCUGGAGAGGAAGUCUGUAAUUACUUCCCUCCAUUACCUCCGAAGGGAACGGGAUUUCACCGCUACAUUUUCAUCCUUUUCAAACAAGAAGCUAGUGUUGAUUUUGGAGCGGACCGCCGACCCUCUCCUUGCCACAGUCUGAGAGAACGCACCUUCAGCACACUGCAGUUCUAUAGGAAGCAUCAGGAAGUGUUAACACCUGCUGGCUUGGCUUUCUUCCAGUGUCAAUGGGAUGAGUCAGUCACACAGACUUUCCACACAUUGCUCCACAUGAAAGAACCUGUGUUUGAGUAUGACAGACCUCCUGUGUAUCACCCUCCCCAAAAGAAGUAUCCCCAUCGCCAACCCCUCCGAUAUCUUGACCGUUACAGGAACGGACACAAACAGACCUUCGGAAUUUACUGAAGUCGCAUCAAAUCUACAAAUCCAUACUUGUGUAAUUGUAUAGUACUUUCUGAUAAAUGCAAGAAUAUCAUGAAACUCCUUGCGUAAACAGUGUUUUGUAGAAUAAGAGGUGUUCAGUUUUUGGUUCUACUGCAAGCCACAUUUAGAACCUUUGUCCUUUUCAAGGGAAUAUAACUUUCUGUUGAAAAAGUGAAGGCAAGGUGAUUUUUUUUUUUUACCAUGGUUAGUUAAAACUAAGCUCAAUGUAACAGCAGAAAGUGUUGACCUCUGUUUUAACCAAUCUUCUGUUAGUACUGCCGACGCAUUAUAGAAGUGAAAAGAUAAAUAAUUAAGAUAAAACUCUGGCUAAAUCUACAAAACACAAAACAUUCAGAAUGACCUAAGUGAAAGAUGUGAAUUCCAAGAUCAAAAGUUGUUAUCGUGCCCAACCAAACCUUAUUGCUCAACUGGUUUACAAAAGAGAUCUAGAGAUUUAAAAGAAAGCCUUUCACUAUAAAUGGCCAAGCACUUCCUGAAAA